CUUCUAUAAUGGACAGCCCCACGGACUGUAAUAGUCCAGUGGAACAACAGUCGGAGACUUCUGAGACAAACACAAACACCAAACCCAAUUUGGCUCAGUUCAAGAAGUCCUGGGGUUUUCGACGAUCCACCAUUGCUAAGAGAGAGUUCAUGGAGGAGGUGGGAGAUGUAAGCACCAGCCCUCCUAUUGUACGAAAAGGUAGAGGUCGCAGAAGCAAAACACCUUCACUACAGACCACGCCCAUUCCCUGGGACAACCAAAAGGCCACAUGUUCAAGCAAAAGUGUUCUGGAUGAUUUAGAGUGGUCUGCUCCCUCCUCUCCAGCAUCCGAGGAGAGCAAACCCACCACUGAAAUGUCUACAGGUGGGAAUAUGGACCCCAGUAUGUGGCAAAACUUUGGUUCUGCUUUCCACACGGCUUUCUCUUUACUUGGUGGUGCAGAUGGGUCACUAAUGGACAUGGGUCAGGUGGUAAUGACCCCAAAUCUUAUUGAAGUCAGCGACGAUGAGCCAGAUUCACCCCCUCCUGAGCCUUUAGUACAAAGUGAAUUAUUGUCACAAGCUGUUGAAGUUUUGGAUGAUGAUGAUGAUGAUUUAAAGAUUCCUAUAGUGGCAAAGGAGGAUGACGAUGUUGUCUCGAUUUCAAGUAGGGAAGAGAGUAGCAAUGAAAUGAUAGAUAUUAAGCUAAAACAAGAUUUAGAAAUACAAGAGCAGACUAAAGGAGUAAAAGGUGGGAGAGGGAAGGCUAGGAGUAAGGGGAGAGGUCGUGGGAGGGGUAGGGGAAGGGGGAGAGGCAGAGGGCGGGGUAAAGCUACUGAAAUACAGGUGAUCAAUAGUACUGAGUUAACUAUUGAAUUACCUGAGCAGCAAUUACAACAGGUGGAAGAUGAAGAACUAAACUUAAAUCCACAAGUCCCAACAGAAAUGGCUCAAAUGUGUUUUGAUUUGAACAUCAGUCCUCCUCACCAGUCUGACUGCAUAGUUGACCAAGACCAGUCCAUUGCUGGUCAGUUUAAUAACGCAGCAGAAGACGGAAAGGUGGAAAGAGUAGGAGAGCUUUUGAACGCACCUGAUUCAAAUGCUGUCUGUCGCAUCUGUGAGCAAUCACAAACUAACCGAUUGAUGAUUUGCUGCAGUGGUUGCCAGGGCUGGUUCCAUGGCGAUUGCGUUGGUGACAUGAAGACUGAAGGAAAAGAGUAUAUUUGUUUGGUUUGCAUUGAACCAAACCUCCUCCAGGCAGAUCUCACUAUUCAGCCUGAUCUCGGGAUGAGCCCUUUAAAAAGUGUACUGCAGAGUCCGCCUGCAGAGGAAAAUGAAGAACUAGAGAAUCAACAAACACAGAGCACUUUGAAGAUGAUGGAAGUGGAGGGGAGCACUUUAUUAGUGAAAACUGAACCAGAUCCGACCUCAGUGUCCCAGUCCAGCUCCCCUCUAUGUAUCGGACCUGGCUGCUCCAAACCUGCUUUACCCGGGUCUGUUUACUGCGGCAGUGACUGUAUCAUGCAGCACGCUGCUGCCACCAUCAAGAAUCUGUCUGUGCCCAAAGUGCCCAAGACCAGAGCCAGAGCGCAGAGGAAAGCUGCCCCUGCACAAGCCCCUGCAAAGGCCCAGAGGGGAAGUAGGGUCUCUAAGCGACUGGCAAACAGAGAAGUGCCUGAGGAGUCGAAAGAAGACGAAGAGUGUUCGGAGUCAGAGUCCAGUCAAACCUGUGACCCCAGUGUCACUGAGGAUCAGGCUACACAGUGUAACGCCUCCACUGUUGAGGAUCUUGGAGUUGCUGCAGAUGUCAUAGACUCCAUCACUCCUUCAGAGCAGAAUUCAGAAGAGCCCCUUACUGAGACUGUCACUGCUCCAACUACACCUGUCAUUCCUCCCCCUGCACCUGCUUCUGCCCCUAAAGACAGUACCCCCACUUCAAAACGUGCCCCUGAACCAACGUUACCACAGCAACCUUCAGAAAGGGCAAAAGAGCCAAUCAUUAAAAAGAAUGUCUCAAAACAGAGUUCUACAAAAGUAAAUUCCCCAAAGCCAAGCACAGCAUUCACAACCCACGCCAAACCAGUACACUCACAACCAACCACAAAACAGACUAAACCACUAGAAACUCCACCCCCUGCUCCACCUGUCAGCAGACUACAUGAAACAGGUGCUAUUGUGGUCAAAAAGACCACUUAUGUUAUACCAAAGAAGACCCCUGCACUCCAACAUCGAUCCGACCCAGCACCUCCACCUAGCCUAGAACCGACCAAGAAGCCCUCCCCUGCUCCAAGUCUAGAGCCCACCAAGAAGCCCUCCCCUGCUCCAAGCCUAGAGCCCACCAAGAAGCCCUCCCCUGCUCCAAGCCUAGAGCCCACCAAGAAGCCCUCCCCUGCUCCUGUGAUGCAAAUGGAAACCCGAAAUCUGCCUGUGCCCCCUGCCCCCAGCGCCCCCUCUUCAAGACCACCAUCUCAACCCAACAAUCAGGUCAGGCAAAGUAUCCAGCGCUCUCUAGUCGGCAUCCUGUUUAAGAGAGUGUGUGACAGUGAAGAGCUGGACAUGUCUGAAAAUGAUGUUGGAAAACUUGUCACAAAUAUUGAGACAGAGAUGUUCAACAUAUUUCGUAACACAGACAGCAAAUAUAUGAACAAGUAUCGUACUAUAAUGUUCAACUUGAAAGAUCCAAAAAAUAAGGGCCUGUUGUUUCGGCUGGUGCAAGGAGAGAUCAGUCCCUUCAGAUUGGUCAGAAUGAGCCAGAAAGAUAUGCAGGCAAUACAGCCUCCAGAACCUCCUAAGGAGGUGAAGGCCACACUAUCUGUAGGAGGUUCACUGCAAAAGCCUGAACCAGUGAAGUUAGAUUUAUCCAGUUUGAUUCAGACCAGGAGUGAUAGGACUAAGAAUGUGCCUUUACUGGAACAAAAGAAAACUGUCCCCGAGCCCAUUAUAAAAUCAAAGACGAGCCAGUCCAGCCAAGGAGGGAGCGCUAUACCUGAUAUUCUCACUUGUAUGCUCAAAGACACUACAGCAGAACAUCAUAAGCACCUUUUUGACGUCAAAUGCAAAAUCUGCACAGGUCAAAUGCCACAAGAAGAAGUGGGAGAGCCUGUGCAGAAGAAAAAGAGGGUUUCUGAGGAGAAGCGUGAGCCUUUAUGGAAAAGGUCCAAAGGAGAGGACUCCCCUCUCCUAGCCCCUCCCGACUCCCCAGACAUGGAGUCACCUGUGUCUCACUUCACCAUGGGCUCUCCGGUCCUGACCAUUGUAGAGUCUCCUGCUUCACCCACUACCCAAGACUCCCCUGCCUCCCCCUCUGUGGAUACACCCGCCUCUCCUGUAAUGGAGUCACCCGCAUCCCCGAGCUCUGAUGAUAGACAAUCAGCUCCAUUGAAAUCCUAUAUGCCAGCAGUCAUUCCAGCUUGCUCCACAGUAACUAUAACAAGACGUGAUCCUCGCACUGCCGCUAGUAGAUAUGCUGCUCUGACCAACAGUUCUGCAGGUCUGAGUGAACGAGAAACUCAAAAAACAGACUCCUACUUUCCUUUAAAAGACUCUCCUACUCCACCUGUGUCUCUCCUCUCUGCCACAAUAUUACCUAAAUCCAUCCUCACAAAACCAUUGCAUUCAGGGGAUCCUAGACUUUAUGGCUCAUCCUCAAGAAAUCCUUCCCUUAAAAUUUCUUCUGAGAGUGGGACUGGACAGUUUCUUGCAAAGCAGGAAAUUCUCUGGAAAGGCUUCCUAAACAUGCUGACCAUUGCAAAGUUUGUCACAAAAGGAUACCUGGUGUCAGGUCCUGCUGAACACCUAAAAGCGGACCUGCCUGAUACAAUACAGAUCGGAGGGCGAAUUUUACCAAAAACUGUUUGGGACUAUGUUGCCAAACUGAAAACCUCAGUUACAAAGGAGUUGUGUGUCAUCCGAUUUCAACCUGCCACUGAUGAGGAGGAGGUCGCUUAUGUGUCACUGUUUUCGUACUUCAGCAGCAGAGGGCGAUUUGGUGUUGUAGCAAACAGCGGCCGUUCCAUAAAAGACAUGUACCUGUUUCCACUAAGUGCAAAAGAAGCUGUGCCAGCCAUACUUCAAUCUCUUGAAGGACCAGGUUUUGAAAAGAACCGUCCAAAUCUUCUUCUGGGUCUUGCAAUUAUUCAGAAAUCAAAACGUCCUGGAAGCUUGUCGGCAGAAGUUGAAGAAAAGCGUCCCAAAGUAUCAUUGUCCUCUGACCCCUCAUGGAUACCAAAACCUCCAAGUCUUUACGGUUCAAACAAAGAAGAAGACUUCCAACCGUAUGACCCAGAGAUUCCCAUAAGCAUCACACCUCCAAGUUCACCUCCUAGAUCAGCUUUUAGCUCUACCUCUUCUGUUACAAUCACAUCUGUAGCAUCUGUCUCUCAGUCCAAAACCAACAAAGAAAGUACAUCAUCUAAGACUGAUACAACAACCUCCAGUAAUGAAACGCCCCUACAGACAAUAUUAAAACAAUUAUUUCCCACCAAGCAAACAGAGUCUAAUGUAUCUUCUGAGCCAAGUACCAAAGCAAAAGCAGGCCGUGCUUUAUCAAUGGUGGAUCCAAUAGUUCAGCAGUUUGGCGGGAAAACCACAGUCAAAGAAAUGCAGGAAGAGGACAAUGAUGAUUUAGAUCGGCCAUAUGAUCCAGAAGAGGAGUAUGAUCCUACAGUAGGAUAUGGCGUUGUUCCCAAAAGUAACACGGACAUUAAGGAAAAUAUCCCUGAAUUUACAGAUGAUGUUGAUGAUGAUAUUGCUUAUGAUCCAGAGGACGAAACAAUCUUUGAUGAUAUUAGAAAUGAAAAAGCUUCCAAAAACGUCUCAGACUCUACUCAGGCAUUAAAGCCAAACCCACCUACUCUUCAAGAUUCUCCCCAAGUGACGCCUGCUCCAGUUUCUAAACCUCCUCCAGCCCAGACUGCUGCACCACCUGCUGCUCAAGCUGCUGCUCCAGGUGCUGCUCCAGCUGCUGUAGCAUAUGCGGUUCCUACAGGGGCUGUAGUCAUCUCAGCUGAAACUCUAACUGAACAACAGCGCAUGCUUGAUGAACUGAACAGACAAAUUGAAGAGCAGAAACGACAAUUGAAAGAACAGGAAGAGGCUCUCCGUAAACAGAGAGAAGCUGUGGGAAUGUUCAUGGCUCAGUUUUCAGUCUCUGAUUCUCUCGUGUCUCCUCCAUCGUCAGCUCUGCCUUCAAGCAAACUUGUAACUUUGCAGAGUGGUGCGGCGGAAGCAGGCAACAGUCCAGUUUUGGAUAUUACAUCAGAAAAAGAUAACUUUGCACCUGAUAUAAUAAGUGAAACAGACAAUUUAAAUGAUAAAAGUGAAAUACAAGAAGAAAAUGAGAAAGCCUCCUCUCCUGGUGAAGUGGGAGAUUCUGAUGUAGAAUAUGAUCCAGAGGAUGAAUCUCUUUUUGAUGAAAUUCAGGCUGGUAUGCUAGAAAAACCCAGAUCAAAGUCUCAAGAUUCAUCAGUCUCUAAAGCUGAGCAAAGUUCAAGCCACGGCAGAAGGCGCAAGUAUUCACCAAAAAGACGAAGCAAUCACGAAAGGAGCCGCCAUCGAAGUCCGCACAGAAGAUCUCAGCGUCGCUCUCCUUCCCGAUCCCGAAGACGGAGAGACAGGGACAGACACCACAGAAGUGAAAGAACUGUUUCAAGACACAGAUCCAGAGACCGGUCAGAGCGCCACAGUCAAACACGGAGGGACAGUACCUCACAGACACGCUCACGACGCCAUAGAAGGUCGUCAUCGUCACAGAGGAAUAAAAACUCUGCCUCUCUUUCACCACUCCGAAGAAGAGAACCCUCCCCAUCAAGUCAAAUUGCUGCAAAAAAUGAAACUAGCAAUGCCAUCCCACAACUGAAAAACCAUCAUGAGAACUUAUCUUUACGAACUCCUGAUAAUACAAAUGAUGCUGCUGCAGAAGAGAUGGAGCUACCCACACAAAUAGAUGUUCAAGAGCAACCAGUUAGCAUUGGUAACAUACCAGGGGACCUUAAGCAAUUGAAAUGGGCUACAGACCUUUUGAUGGAUGGCAAACUUGAUAGUCUAAUACCACUGAGAGAGCUUGAACCACCUACAAGAGAUUCCCCCCAAAGUCCAGAUCCAGAGCCCCGAUUUUCAGAACAAGAUGCAUCUGAAUGUAUGGACAUUGUAAAGAUGGCGAGCAAUGUGAAACUAGAACCUACUGAAGAGAAAGUAAAAACUGAAAGUUAUUCUCAACCAAUUCUAACUCCUGACGAUUCUCUUUCAAAUGAGCAAGAAACACUAACUUUAGUGGAAGCAGAUGCUGUGGCUUGUGUUAAAGUAGAAUUGAAAUCUGAAGAAACAAUUUCACAGAUUCAAAAACUGGAUGAUGUCAAGCCUCUUAAAGUUGAAAUCUCUCCAAAGAAUGAAGAGAGCCGUGAAGAUAGCCCAUGUAAAGAUUCCAUUCCAGGCUUAGGGGAUCUUGAAAAUAUUCUCCAGGCAUCAAGAGAUGGUAGCCCAGCCCUAACAAACCCAAAACAAGACAUAAAUAUUUCCAGUAAAUCAAAUAAAAACAAUGCUGCUUUGGGAAUUAUGGGAAUACAUGAUCAACAACUUAGUAACAAACAUCCAAUGCCUGAAAACUCCAGUGACAGGCACAUUAAAAAUAGCAGAGAAUUAGCGAAUUUUAGCCCCAAUACAUUUAUGGACUCAACUAGAGAUCAGCAUUCAGUGUCAGACUUUGGGGAGCGUGGAAGAAGAUCUAGUCUAGAAAGAGAUUUCUGUCAAAGAAAUCCAAACAUGCGGAAUACUGGGCCUGGGACUUUUGUUCAAAAUAAAAAUAUCACUGAAUCACGAUAUCACUCAAGAGGAGAUGGAGAUAUUACGGGCCCAAAUCCCAGAGGAGAAGCACAUGAAAGAAGAGGCUCAGGGUCAUUUAUGGAGGACACUGGGUCUGAUAGUGGUUUUGCCGAUCCCAAAUUAUGUGGGCAAAUAGUUGAAACUGAUAGCCCUCAAAACCCUGAAUGGAGAGGAGCAGAUUUUCACGCUCCGUGGAACAACUGUGGUCCUGCUUUUAGAGGAAGGAAUUCUAGAGGGUUGCCAUUUCAAGGGCCUGAGUCUCACAGAGGGAGACAUGGGGGUCCAUCAUUUGAUAGAGGAGGUGAACCUAGAGAUUCCUCUAUAGAUAGGCAAGGUCUGCAUGGAGGUCAAAGUAUAGACUCAAAUUUUGGUGAAUUUGAACACAGAGAUGCCCCUAUAGAUUGCCAAGGUCCAUGGAGUGGAGGGUUUGGAAGUGGUGGUCCAAUGGAGAGUCUGGGACACUACAGGGAGGACUUGGAAAGACGGAGAGAGCCAGGUUUUGAUAGAGGAAGCCCUAUGGAUGGUCCAGGACCCUGUAGAGGGGGAGUUGGAGGGCCAGGGUUUGGAAGAGGUGGGGUGCUUAGAGGUAAUUCAGUGGAUGGCCCAGGACCUCAAAGGCUAGGACUUGAAGGGCCAGAGCUUGAUAGAGGCCCGAUGGAUGGGCCAGGACCCCAUAGAGGUGGGUUCAGAGGGCCAGGGUUUGGCAGAGGUGGGGACCAUGUAGGUGAUCCUAUGGAUAGCCCUGGACCACAUAGAGGAGGCUUUGGGGGGGCAGGUUUUGGUAGAGAUGUUCCUAUGCGUGGGCCAGGAUAUCAAAGUGGGGUUUGUGAAGAACCAGAGUUUGACAGAGGCCCUAUGGAUGGACCACCACCGAGAGGGGGAUUUAGAGGGCCAAGGUUUGGUAGAGGUGGGGAACAUGGAGGUGGUCCAAUAGAGAACCCAGGAUCUCACAGAGGAGGACAUGGAGAGCCAGAUGUUGAUAGAGGGCCUAUGGAUGCCCCAGGAGCCCAUAGGGGUGGGUUUGGAGAACUAGGAUUAGGUAGAGAUUUAGAGCAUAGAGUGGGGGGCAUGAUGAACCAGAGUUUAACAGGGGCCCUAUGGAUGGGCCACCACAGAGAGGGGGAUUUAGAGGGCCAAGGUUUGGUAGAGGUGGGGAACAUCAUGGUCCAGUUGAUGGUCCAGGACCCCGCAGAGGUGGAUCUGGAGGGCCAAGGUUUGGUAGAGGUGGGGAACAUGGAGGUGGUCCAAUAG